AUGUCGGGCAUAAGCAUCACUAUCGGCAAGAGAAUCCUUAUCUUAGUGGAUAUGCGAAUCCUUAUCCGAGUUCUGCUAGAUAUCUUCGUCUUGAUCGACGUUCUUAACCGACGAGGAGAGGAAACCAAGCCUCCGUGGCCCAGACUGUGGCUGAGACAAGAUAGCCUAGCCUUGUAUUCGCGCUUCGCCCUGCCUAAUAUAGAAGACGCCGUCAAAUUCCAUUACCGCUCCACUUUGAGCUUCGAAGCCCUUAGAGGCAACAUAGUCGGCAGAGCAGGCAUAGGGUCUAAGGGCACCCGUCGACUCCUCUGA